AUGGAUAGUGAGAAUGAUUCCGUUAAUGAGUAUGUUGCAGUGAAAAAAAGUUUAGAUAAUGUUCCAGAUGAUGUAUCAGCUCGAAUAUCUGAAAUAAAUUUUAAAGAAGCAACUUUACGACAAUUUGCUGAAAAAUGCAGAAUACAAGUUGAAGAAAUCAAACAAAGAACAGGAACUUUAAACAUUUACGCUACUAAUCUUAUUAAUAUUGAUAAACAAUUAAAGCAAGAUCGCGAGGAUUUCAAAACAGAUUAUAACGAACAGAUUAAAGAGCUCGAGGAAUACGAAAAAGAUUUAAAUGAAGAAUAUAGCCUGAUUUUAGAACGAUAUCAAGCUAAUUCCGAAAGUAUUGAAGCAAAUAAACACGUAUUUGAUCAAGCUACUAAACAACUCGAUGAAAAUACCAGCGAAUUAGAUAAAUUCUCAACUGUAAUGGAUGAUAUUAAUAAGAGUUUGAGUAAUACUGAUAUAAAUACUAAUAAUCAGGAAGAUCUCGAUAAAUAUUCAAAACAGCUGAAUGAAUCAAAGAAAUCAAUAGAACCUAUUACCACCAGAAUCCAGAAUCAAAACAAAAGCAUUACAAAUAUCAAUAAUAACUUGAUUUCACUUAAAAGUCAAGUAGAAUCAACAACUCAAACAUUAAAUCAAUUAAAUCAGAGGAUACAGCUUGAUAAUAUAGAGUAUAAUAAGUUCAAAACUCAGGCCACCUCAAAAAUACAGAAAUACAAGAAUGGAGCAGAUACAAUUGAGAAACUUCAAUUCGAUCUCCAACGGAAAUUCAAACAUAAGCAAAAUAAGAUAGCUUCAAUUGAAGAAAGAAUAAAAGGAAUAGAUGUGAAAUUUUCAACUGUAAACUCCCAAUUAGAAGAAAGAAGGAAAGUAGAUGAUAUUCAGAAUAGUGAAUACAACAAGGUUCUUCAAGAGAAAAAGAAGUACACAGAUGCCAUUCAAGCAAGAAUUGAUUUCUAUAAAAACAUUGAAACAUCAAACAAAAGAGCAAAAGACCGGACAAAUGAAGUUCAAACAGAAUUGAUGACUACACGUGAACUUAAAAAACAGACAGAUAUCGAACAAUUUGAAACAGAAACAAUAAUUGAAAAAUCACAAGAUGAAGAAAUAGAUAUUAAGAACGACUUAAAUAAAAUAGACCAAGAAAUUCUAGUUGUUGAUAAAGAAACUGAAAAAAGCUUAUCUGUUUUUAAUUCAACACAAAUUGAAUUUGAAAACAUGGAAAAUGAUGAUAAAGAAUAUGAAAAUAAGCAACAAGAAAUGAGUACAGAGUAUAAAAAGCUAAAAACGCAAAUCAACGAGGCACAUCAAGAUGAAAAGAAUAUUAUUUCGUCAUAUAAGAAUGUGAAAUCUCUUAAGCAUUUCGAAAAUGAUAAAGAUGUUCAAGAAGUAGCUAGAAGUCAGAAUAUCUUUAUUGAUGGCUAUAAAUCAAAAUUAAAUUUUGUCCAAGACUCGAACAAAACUCUUCAAGCUCAAAUUAAGACAGAAGAAAUACGAAACUCGUUCAUAAAUUCGGAAUAUCGCCGUACUACAGUUCUAUCAUCAACAUUUUCAUCCGAAAUCGUUUCAAGUCCAAUGAAAAGCAGAUCCAAAUCCAUGGCUUCAUUACAAACAGAAGUCACUAGACUUGAAUCUAAACUUGCAGCAACACAAUCCAAAGUUGCUUUUAAGAGUUCUUUAUUACAGGACAAAACUAAAGAAUACUCAGAAAUUGCUGACAAAACUCAAAUCAACGCAAAUGAUCUUAAAAGAGCAGAUCUAAUUCAGAAGUUCACCGAUUAUUUAAGCAAUUUUGAAAGCGAUAUCAAUAAGUUAGUUAAUGAUUUAAACAGAUCUCAAAAAACAUUAGAUAAUGUUAAUAAAAUCAAUAUUUGGAAUGAUUUUAUUUCUCAGAUGCUUGAUAAAGCAGAAGAUUAUGACUUAGUAGCGCAAAUUUGUUAA